CCGUAAGGUAGCGGCAGAGAAGGAAUCACGGUCAACAGUCACCAAAUCCGAGCCCAAACGACCCAAAGCAUGAAGACAAAACUUACGGCCCGAAGAACCAUCCUCUCGCCAAAAAUCGAUCCCAAGACAACCUGCUAGUAAAUUCUAAGAGUGCCGCAAAGCCUUUGAAAACUACCACCAUUUCCACAUGGCUACGGAAUAUUGUCAAGAAAUCUUGUACUUUCACUCCGGUCCCAUCGGUUCGGUCCCUGGCAAGAGGAGUCCCACUUGAGGAUGUCACAUUCAUGGGCAACUGGUCUUCCGCGGACGUCUUUGACCCCCCCGCCUGGUUCACAGCUUGACGAUGAGGAUCAAAGCAGCGACGCUGGCAAUCUUUCCAGCGAACCCACACACACAACACCUGAUGUUUUUCAAGAACAGACAUAUCCAAGCCCGCGCCGAUUGGGACCAACGUAUAACUCUCACUCACGACUGCGUGCAAGAACUCCAAUGGUGGCUUUGCAAUCUAGAAAAAUGGAACGGUCGAGCAAUUCUAUUCCAAACACCAGAGCACACUGUCUUCGUCGACGCAAGCGACACCGGUUGGGGUGGAGUUUAUCAAGCACUCCGGAGGACUGCACGAACAUGCUGAGGAACAUGCCUUUCCUCCCUAGUGAAGAAGGUAUUGUAAGAGUCCUUAGCCGAAGCAUGACUGUUUUCGGAAAAGUAAAAAACGUCUCCCUUUUUAAGAAGUCUGUCGGUCAUGGCAAGUACCAAUCUUAUAACGAAGAUGGGUUCAUCCUCCUGGACACCACCCAGUCGGAUGAAUCCUCAUACAUCGAUCUCAAAUCUUUCGUUUUCAUCCCUGAAUGGCAGACAACCAUUCAGGCCAAAUGGGAAAACGCAAAUCCAUCCUGCACUUACUGCAAAUUACACCUUGAUGACACAUCUGCGGGCCGUGGCACCAAGAAAGCCUCACGUUGCUAUCCUUUUGGACCAAGAAAAGGCAUAUGAUAGAGUUCAUAGAGUAUACCUUUGAUGUCCUGAUGAAACACAAGUUUAUCACAGAAUUGUUGAUGGAAGUGAUGAAUGAAGCUUGGAUAGCAUUUUGGAAAGCGGACAUACCUCAUCA